AUGGGUAACUUGCACAUCUGUGAUGGCUCCCGAAACAUGGCUCUGAGUGUGUAUAACACACAACAAGGGUUAAAAACAUUUUCCUAUACUGACCAAGAAGCAGCAAGGAUUACCACUCUCACUAAAGAACCCAGAGAUUUCCUUAAAGCUGUUCCGUCAAAAUCUCUCUCUAAGGACUAUGAGAAACUCUUGAAGAAGAAAUUGUCCUACGACGCUUCCACACUUGCUGAGUACCACCGUGUGAAGCGGAUCCCAAGAGGAUUACUCAUGAGUGUUCGCCCUACUCUUAUGCUUGAAAAUAAAGAUUAUUGCGAUAAGUUCGAGCAAAUACUAAACAUGUGCUCUAUGGACAUAAUGGUUCUGACUGUGGACUAUCUGAAUAAGGAAAUCACUGAACAGCAUGAUAAAUUACCCAAAAUGGAAAAUGAGAUUAAAGUCAAUCUACCACAUGACGAGGCUGAUAAAUUGCUGACUAAGGUCAAUCUAACAGUUACUGACCUGAAGAAAGUAAUAGAGGAACGUUAUGUAACUAAUGUACCAAAUAUUAUGAAAUUACAUGAUUUUGGAUUGCGCAAUAAAAGCUCUUAUAUUCCACCUCAAAACAAUCACAGUAUUGAGACCUUCACGCACACGGUAUGCCACUCAUGCUUUAAAAGGCAAGAGAAGCUCCAGCGUUGUGGACAGUGUAAAUUUGCCCACUAUUGUGACAGAACUUGCCAGAAAGAUUCCUGGGUGAAUCACAAACAUGAGUGUGCAGCAAUCAAGAAAUAUGGUAAAGCUCCAAAUGAAAAUGUCAGACUCGCUGCAAGAAUUAUGUGGAGGAUAGAAAGAGAAGGAAGCGGCCUCACCGAGGGUUGUUUAGUCUCCAUAGAUGAUUUACAGAACCACAUAGACAACUUUGAAGAAGAAGAGAAGAAUGGACUCAUGGAAGAUGUUCAGAAUUUUCUUGAUUUCUGGCCAAGUCAGAGUCAGCCGUUUGGCAUGCAGUAUAUAUCUCACAUCUUAGGAGUGAUAAGUUGCAAUGGUUUUACCUUGAGUGACCAGAGAGGUCUGCGAGCUGUUGGUGUUGGAAUUUUCCCAAACCUUUGUCUUGUAAAUCAUGACUGCUGGCCCAACUGUACUGUGAUAUUCAACAAUGGCAAUCAUGAGGCUGUUAGCUCAAUGUAUCACACACAGAUGAGAAUUGAGCUUCGUGCACUUGGGAAGAUCAACAAAGGGCAGGAGCUAAGUGUUUCCUACGUAGACUUCUUGAUCCUCAGUGAGGACCGGAGAAAGCAACUGAAAAAGCAGUAUUACUUUGACUGCACAUGUGAAAACUGCACCAAACCUACGAAGGAUGACUUGAUGUUGGCUGUGAAAGAAGGAGAGGAUAAGCCAGCAGAUAAUGUGGUGAAAGAAGUUAUACAAUUUGCAAAGGAAAGUAUGGAAAAAAUAGACAAAGCACGUUCUGAAGGAAGUUACCAUGAGGUAGUAAAAAUUUGCCGUGAGUGUUUGAAGAGACAAGAACCUGUUUUGGCUGAUACAAACAUUUAUAUGCUGAGGAUCCUGAGCAUAUCUUCUGAAGUGUUAUCCUACCUACAGAUGUUUGAGGAGGCUGCAGAUAAUGCAAAGAAGAUGGUGGAUGGAUACUUGAAAAUCUAUCAUCCAAACAAUGCUCAGCUUGGAAUGGCAGUGAUGAGAGCGGGAGUUACCCACUGGCAUGCUGGGCUAAUUGAAGUUGGACAUGGCAUGAUUUGCAAAGCUUACGCCAUCCUCUUAGUGACUCAUGGACCUACUCACCCUAUAACCAAAGACCUGGAGGUGAUGCGCGCCCAGACAGAAAUGGAAAUUAGAAUGUUUCAGCAGAAUGAGUUUGUUUAUUUCAAGAUGCGAGAAGCUGCCCUGUCAAACAAACCUUUCCAUGUCAUGGAAGAACCCAACAAUGAGACGUCAGGCACCAUUUUUCACAAGAAGCAAUAGAUAGCAGCUGUUACUUCUGUAUUCCAGUUAUUUGUAACUGUUAAAACCAGCAGGAAUACUCUUGAACAUCUGUUUAUUACAGUAUAACUUUGUAUUUUUAUGGAUACUGAUACCUACAAAUACUCAACGUCAUAUUUUGAAAUAGAAUCUUCAGCAUCUUCAUAAUUAAGGAGAGAUCAUGUUGGUCAGAGAUCUGGCCCAAUAUUCACCUGUUGAAGGACAGGAACUCUGUGAAUAUCUUGACAGUAUAGUCCCUGCGCAAUGAUGGAUAUGACAGUAUAGGCCCUACGUAAUGAUGGAUACAAUGACAGAAUAGGCCCUACGUAAUGAUGGAUACAAUGACAGUAUAGGCCCUACAUAAUGAUGAAUAGCCUGCAGUAUAGACCCUACAAAAUGACAAAUAUACUGACAGUAAAGGCUCUAUGCUAUGAUGGAUACCCUGACAAUAUAGGUCUUCUGCAAUGAUGAAUACCCUGACAGUAUAGGUUCUAUACAAUGACGAAUACCCUGACAGUAUAGGUUCUAUACAAUGAUGAAUACCCUGACAGUAUAGUUUCUAUGCAAUGAUGAAUACCCUGACAGUAUAGGUUCUAUACAAUGAUGAAUACCCAGAUAGUUUAGGUCUUUUGCAAUGAUGAAUACUCUGACAGUAUAGGUUCUAUACAAUGAUGAAUACCCAUAUAGUAUAGGUCAGUGAUUGUGAACCUUGGUACUCCAUAUGUUUCAGAACUACAUUUCAUGCUUAGGCACUAUGAAGUCCAGUCAAGCAUCAUGGGAAAUGUAGUUCUGAAACAUCUGGAGUGCCAAGGCUUGCCGUCACUGGUAUAACCCUCUGCAAUGAUGAAUACCCUGACAGCAGUGUUCCCUCUAAGGUACUGGAUUUCAAACCUAUCCUCAGCCCUCCUCAACAGGCCAGAUUUUCAGUAUUACAUUGGAUGGAUGGUAAAAUAAUUAGGUUUACUAAUCAGCUGAUUAUUUCACUUGUGCUCUAGUUCAGAUAUCCUCAAAAUAUGGGCUGUUGAUGACAGGUUUGAAAACCAGUGCUCUAAGGCCAGAUUUUGUGAGCGGCCCAGCAGUGAAAGAGUUAAUAAGGUAAUCAUAACUUUCUGUCUGCAUUGUGUAGUGUUUGUUAACUGCAGGUUGUGAUUCACUAAUUAACUGUUUCACUGCUGAGCUACUCACAAAAUCUGGCUUUAGAGGAAACACUGCCUGACAGUAUUGCCCUCAGCAUUGAUGAAUACUCUGACAGUAUAGGCUCUAUGCAAUGGUGGAAUAUCCUGACGAUAUAGGCCCUCUGUAGUGGUGAGUACCCUGACAGUAUAAGCCCUCUGUAAUAGUCAAUAUCCUGACAGUAUAGGCCCUGUGUAAUGGUUAAUACCCUGACAGUAUAGGCACUAUGUAAUGGUUAAUACUCUUACAGUAUAAGCCCUCUGUAAUGGUCAAUAUCCUGACAGUAUAGGCCCUGUGUAAUGGUUAAUACUCUUACAGUAUAAGCCCUCUGUAAUGGUCAAUAUCCUGACAGUAUAGGCCCUGUGUAAUGGUUAAUACCCUUACAGUAUAAUCCCUGUGUAAUGGUUAAUACCCUGACAGUAUAGGCCCUAUGUAAUGGUGGAAUAUUCUGACGAUAUAGGCCCUCUGUAGUGGUGAGUACCCUGACAGUAUAAGCCCUCUGCAAUGGUGAAUGUCCUGACAGUAUAGGCCCUGUGUAAUGGUGAAUAUCCUUACAGUAUAAGCCCUGUGUAAUGGUUAAUAUCCUUACAGUAUAAGCCCAAUGUAAUGGUGAAUAACCUGACAGUAUAGGUCCUGUGUAAUGGUUAAUACCCUGGCAGUAUAAGCCCUGUGUAAUGGUUAAUAUCCUUACAGUAUAAGCCCUGUGUAAUGGUUAAUAUCCUUACAGUAUACGCCCAAUGCAAUGGUGAAUACCCUGACCAUAUAAGCCCUGUGUAAUGGUUAAUACCCUGACAGUAUAGGCCCUAUGUAAUGGUGAAUACCCUGACAGUAUAGGCCCUAUGUAAUGGUGAAUACCCUGACAGUAUAGGCCCUGUGUAAUGGUUAAUAUCCUGACAGUAUCGGCCCUAUGUAAUGGUUAAUACCCUGACAGUACAGGCCCUGUAUAAUGGUGAAUAUCCUUACAGUAUAAGCCCUAUGUAAUGGUGAAUACCCUGACAGUAUAAGCCCUAUGUAAUGGUGAAUAUCCUGACAGUAUAAGCCCUAUGUAAUGAUGAAUACCCUGACAGUAUAGGCCCUGUGUAAUGGUUAAUAUCCUGAAAGUAUCGGUCCUAUGUAAUGGUUAAUAUCCUAACAGUAUAGGACCUGUGUAAUGGUUAAUACCCUGAAAGUAUAGGCGCUUUGAAAUGGUUAAUACACUUACAGUAUAAGCCUUAUGUAAUGGUGAAUACCCUGGCAGCAUAGGCCCUGUGUAAUGGUUAAUACCCUGACAGUAUAGGCCCUGUUUAAUGGUUAAUACCCUGACAUUAUAGGCCCUGUGUAAUGAUUAAUAUCCUGACAGUAUAGGCUCUAUGCAAUCAAUGAGUACCCUUGAAGUAUAAAGAGAAGAAAUCACUUAGCGCCUACUACUAGAUUGACCCUUAGCUUUGAUAUGUGACCCCUAGAAGUCAGAUAGGUUAUAAGCAAAAAAUGGAAAUUAUCAAAGCGCCAGUGGACCGGCUGGGUUCAGAAUGUAAAACCAAUUCCUUUACAAUGUGGGUUAAAUAAAUAUUUAUUACAACAUUUAAAAUUAAACAACAAGUUCUUGACAAUACUUCCAGGUUUGUUCACUAAACUUGUUGCAUAUAUAGUGUGUAGAGUAGUUGGAUUGUACACAAUAAGAUGCCUUGUAAUAAUGUAACAAUAAAAAUAUAAUGAUGUAACAAUAAAAGAUAAUGUAACAAUGAAAAAA